CUGUAUUUUCAAUGUCAUUGAAUGUGAAAUAAACAUGGCGUCCAAAAUUGUACGAUCCGGACUUGGAAAUGUUCUUGUAAGACGUUUUGCGUCUAGCAGCGGCCCCUCUGCAGUGGCAGAACAUGGAGGUAUGAGAAACUGGAGAUUUCUAUCAUUAGUUGUUGCCCUGCCCGGCGUUGGAGUUUGUUAUCUUAAUGCCCAAUUGAAAGAGGAAGAAGUUCAUAAUGCUCCUCGUCCAGAAUUUAAACCUUAUGAACAUCUGAGAAUCCGUACUAAGAAAUUUCCAUGGGGAGAUGGAAAUCACUCUCUUUUCCACAACUCGCAUGUUAAUGCCCUCCCAGACGGAUUUGAAGAAGAUGGACAUUAA